GCAGAGUAAUGUAAGUCACAUUAACCUGUGAGAGACUGAUCAGGUACUCUUCUGCAGUGGGUUCAUCUACAAGCAAUAAGAGAGCUGCUAAAGGUCUCUAGAUGGUGAUGAAGAUGACCACUAAUGCUUUCAAUCAAAUUAAUACAACCUCUGCACCUGAUGGAAAUGGCUCUGUGGAUAUUGACAAUUUUGCUGAACUGAAACAUUCUCUCAGUAUCAUGUGUCUUGUUUUUCUCUCCCUGAUCUUUGUCCUUGGUGUGCUCGGGAAUGGAGUGGUUAUCUGGGUGACCGGGUUCAAGAUGAAGAAAACAGUUAACACAGUUUGGUACCUCAACCUUGCUGUGGCUGACUUCCUUUUUGCUGCAUAUCUCCCCCUGACUGUGACAUACAAGGCCUUAGGGAUGCACUGGCCUUUUGGCAAUGUCGUGUGCAAGCUGAACAUCACUGCACUCUUUCUGCACAUGUUUGCCAGUGUCUACAUUCUGGUGGUGAUCAGUGUGGACAGAUGUGUGUCUGUGGUGUGGCCCGUCUGGGCUCAGAACCACCGAAAUGUACGCAAGGCAUCCUGUGUAAGUGCGGGUGUUUGGAUACUGGCUUUAACUCUCAGUGCUCCAUAUUUUUUCUUCGUGAACACAUGGAAAGUGUCUGAGACUGAAGGAAAAAUCAUCUGCGUUAAAAGCUACACUAUUAAAACACCAUCCGUAAAUCAGCCAGAAAAGUUUCAAUAUCAGAUUAUCAUCAUCACCCGCUUCCUCCUGCUUUUUGCAGUGCCCUUCACUGUCAUUGUCCACUGCUAUGCUGUCAUAAUCCAUCGUCUCAGAAGAAAUCGCACCCUGGCCAGCCAAUCACGUCGUCCUUUUAAGAUCAUUGCUGCUAUUAUCAUCACCUUUUUUCUGUGCUGGGUUCCCUUUCACAUCAUGAGUCUAAUUGAGCUGGUGAAUUUCACAUUUCCUAAUAUAACAUUACAGUUUAUCAUUGAUAUUGGGAUGCCUUUUGCGACAAAUUUGGCCUUUCUCAAUAGCUGUCUGAAUCCACUGCUAUAUGUAUUCAUGGGCCAAGAUUUUAAGAAAGAAAUCCACCAACCCGUCCUGAAUUGGGUGAAGACUGCUUUCCAGGAAGAGGAGACACGCUCUCAACCUGACAUGAAGUCAGUGAACACCAGCCAGAACAAAGAGAAGUCAGAUUUAAAUACUGAGGUGUAA